AUGCCAAACCUUGCAUUUCGCUUCGGCUCUGCCAUAGAGGCAGGGCCUCUCUGCACUAAAGAAACUCUUAAAUUGUAUUCCAAGAAGCAAACAUCGUUGGGAGAAAGAAAGAACCAAGGUUUCAUUUUUGAUGAUGGUUAUAAACGCCAAUCAGAGACACAUCUAUUUCUGGAUUUGAUUAAAGAUCCAAGAAAAUCAGAGACGUACGAUAUAGUUAUUAUUACAACCUGUCAAAUAGUUGUUGGUGAAUGGCCCUCUCCGCCGAAAUCCAAGGGGAAGAAGAGUAAAGGGGCAUAUUUACAAGCUGCUGGGCCUCCUUCUAAGGAUAAGUGGCUAUAG